AUGGCCAUGGCAAGUCCCAGAGAAGUUGAGCCAGAACUCCUCGACAGCAAUGGAAAUCCUGCCGUUGCUCACUUGGCCGGCACCCUGGCCAGCAUGGAGCCUGUCGAAAGAGACAUCCUCAGAGCAACUCCGGCGUGGCAAGUGCUGCAAUUCUUUGGUGCUGGGUUGGUGUGGACCAACCAGGAUCUGUAUGAACGGAGCUUUCCAGUGGAUUCGAUUCAAGUUUUCUGGAGCCACAGCUGGCAUGGCAACAGCUACAUCAAGAGGCUACUGUUGCUUUUGCUCUACAACGGGCCUCCGGCAGCAAUUGCUGCCACCAUCUCAGCCCUCUUCAUGAUGUGGUUGCAGAUUGCCGGAGUCCUUCCAGGCUUCUCACAAAUGAGCAGGAUGGCAAUGGAGCAAGGGCAAGAAACGAUGCUGGUGCGUGCCCCGUGGUCUGCCCUGACAGCAGGGUUAGUCUUCGUGGUCGUGCUUCUACUCUGGAAACCGAGGACUUUGGUCUUCGUUGACCGAGUAUGUAUCAAUCAGAACGAUAAGGCGCAGAAAUGCAAGGGAAUUCUGAGCAUUGGCGCAUUCCUGAAGUGCUCCGAGCAGUUUCUGCUUGUUUGGGACAGCACUUACGCUGGCUGGUCAAUGGAGCCCCUCCACGUGGGCCCAGCGGGGCGGCCGUCCUCAGUGGCCGCAGCGAAGACUCCUACUCGUGGUUUGGUGAGCGUUGCCUUGCGCAGUCUGUCACCAGUGUUGCAGCGCAGGUUUGAUCCUUUCCGAGCCACAAGAGUGGGGGAAGCUACGAAUCCAGGUCCGGCAGGUCUGAGAAGGACACGCCGCAAGGCCAAAGCCAAGGAUAUCAACAUUGGCCAGCUGCUGGGUCUUCUCCAGCAGUUGCUCAAGAUGCUUGGAGGCAAUGGAGCCCAGCUUGCACAGCUGGCGCAGCUUGCCAAGCUACUGCAUCCAGGUACUGCCGAGGUAAGGUCUGAGGUCACUGCCCCGCCUGCACCUGCACCCCGUAAGGUUACCCUAGGUAGUCCCCAGGUUGAACCUGCGCCAGUCCCAGCUGCACCUACGCCUGGCCCUGAGUGGCAGGAGGUGCGCCGCCGCAAGCAAAAGCCUGCAGCCCAGCAGGGUGACCCUGCGCGUGCCUCAGGCGAGCCGCCUGCUCCUGAGCCCUCCCCUUCUGCGAAGCCCAGUCCGCCUAAGCCCGCCCCGGCGGCUGCACUGCGCUUACGACCCCAGGAUUGGGAUAGUGAGAUUUUGUCUCUUGCUCAACUUUAUGCCAAGCUUGACGCCAAGACCGACGCAGUCAAGGCGGUGGUACUGGCCACCACGCAGGAGCAGCUUGAAGAGCUGUGUACGGCUGUAGCUGCACAUGCGAAUCUCCGAGUUGCAGUUAUGGCAGUAACCUUUGGGGACUGGAAGUGGACACGCCAUGCUGCCGAGCAGGCCGACCACACAUCGGUGAACCUUCAAGCCCUUAUGGGCACCGCAACCGUGACGCGCAAGGCCCGUCUCCACCAGCUGGGUGCCCAGAACUGCCCCAAACUGAAGCAGAUCACCCGCAAGGCUACUGGAGUCGCCAAACCAGCAACAACCGAAGUGCUUCGUUUCAUCACUGAUGCACGCUUUGUGUCAGCCCAAGCCUGGGCGGAGCUUCGCACCAAGCCUGCGCAUUCCAUUCGUGCCUGGGCGGCUGCCCACAUCCCCACUGACGUUCUGGCAGUAAAGGAUAUGUGGGGGUUUAAGGUUGCAGGGGAUGUUGAGUCCCCGCGCGCUGUGCUGUCUGGCCUUGUUCGGGUCCAGGCUGACAAGGUCCCAAUGCUUUUGGCUUUAAGUGGUCGGGAUAGGUGGUUUGUCUCGAAGCCUGGUUCUAAGGAUGCCGUCAGUUGGAUCAAGCGUGGUACUGAUGAGCUGCAUCAGGACUAUCUUGAUAGGGUUUAUGCCCAGUGCAAAGGCAGGGGGGUAGCACGCGGUGAUACCAGCCUUGGCGUUCGCUUGACUGCUGAGGAGGCUGCCAGCCGAGGCACGGUAGAGCCCAUACGCACCUACAAAGUUUGGCCUGUGCCACGAGACUGGUCUCAGGAGACGCUUGAACAUGAGUUAGAGCAGUUCAAAAUGCAGAACCUCACGUUCUUGGCGCGCCACCCCUGCAAAGGCGGUGUCAAGUUCUUGUACCGGGCCAAGGCGGCCGAUGUCGACCUCGCUGUAAUUGAGCAUGAUAAAGGAGCCAUACAGGUAGUCAUGCAGCACCAUGCCCCCCGCCGGGGCAACCCUGUGCCCAUCAAGGCAGGACGCGGUGCGUUCACUGCGCCCCCCGUCCAACACAAGCCCAUCCCUGCCCCAGUGCCUCCUCCUGCGGAAGCCUCGCAGUCUGCUGCCCCGGCUGAGGGCCAUGAGCGUCCUGCGGCCCAGCCCGCACCUGCCAAAAGGCUUGCUGUGGGGGCCCCUGCGCCCCGUGUCCAUGCGCUCCCAGAAGGUCUGACUCGCGUGUCAAAUCCUGGACAAGGGGAUUGCCUCUUCUAUGCCCUGGAAAAGGCGACUGGUACCAACAAGCUUGCGCUGCGCUCUGCUAUUUGUGCCCACCUUCGCAGGCAUGAGCUUCGAUACCGAGCCUGCUGGAACUGCUUGGCUCCCACGAAGGAAGAUACUCCGUUGACUGACUUCCAGGAGUACUUGGAUGCGUUGGCUAAGCCUGGAGCAUGGACCUCGCUGCUGGAGGUACAUGCUGCUGCUAGGCAUUUGGAUAGACCUGUCCUCAUCUUCUCAGAUGUCAUGCCCCUGCAGGUUUGCAACCGCUCGGGCAAAGCUGGACAGCCCAUCAUGCUCUGGUACCAAUCUGCGCACUAUGAGCUGGUGGAGGGAACCGUUCCCCCUGAUGCGCUGGCAACUGCCAUCGAUGCCCAAAAGAGUGGUUGCAAGGGUGGCUCUGCCGGCCCUGACAAAGCCUCUGACUGUGGCUUCACCCGUGCCUCAGCCUUUUCAGGCUUGACACGCUGGACUGCCCCUGCGAAAGGCCAGCUUUCUUUGCACCAGUCUUUUGCCCGGGCCACUGCCUCUUCGUGUGCGACGCCUGUCCCUGCUCUCAGCCAGGACUCGGCCUCAGCUGUCACCGGCUUGCUUCAUGUUGUGCGUACUGAGUGGACUUGCCCCAUCUGCCAAUGGUGCACUGGCCACCGCGUGUACUGGUCCCAGGCCAAAAGCGACCACAUCGCCCGAUGGCAUCCUCACCUGCAUAAGGUUCUGCGUUGCAUUGCCCAACGUCGCAACCCUGCUUUCAUUGGCCCUCUGCAGCCUGAUCGCCACAAUGCUGUGCGGCGACGAGCUGCCAAAGUCAGGAGCAGCGCGGCUGUGAGCCGACACAUGCAGGCCGUCAAGGCCUACGAUGGUUCCCAUGAAAUUGCCCGUUUGCGCAUCCCUAAGCCACCCCAAGCCACUCACACCAAGACUGGCAAACGCAUCAAGCCGCGUGUGCUCCACCCUCCUGCUGUCGUGUGUGUCAAGUGCACCCGCAAAGCUGCCACUGUUCAGGCCUUAGCUGCGCUGCCCUGCCUGAGCCAGGGUGUUGGGGGCCCAAAACGGGCCCAGCUCCUUGCACGUAUGCUUGCUCUCGUUGAGGAUGACGCUGUUCCGGUGGAGGAUCGUGAGCAGGCCGCUACUGUCUUCCGUGUCUUGUCUCCGCCACAAGCUGCCCCUGUCCGCCCUCAUUCCCUUCGACGCUACGUCUGGCCGCUGGGGCCAGGACCUGCUGCCUUCUGUGUCGUGUGUCUGCGUGUCGCUCGCAAGGCGAGUUACCUGAAGAACACGAGUUGCCCUGGCCAUGUGGUUUGGAGUGCGCGCCGCCACUCUGCUUGUGCUGCUUUGCGUGCUGCCCUUCCGCACCCCCAUCCCGGCCGUGAUACCCGCAUCAGGAACCUGUUGUCCCUGCUCGACCCCGCUGAUGCCUUGCCUGCUGUCAGUCAAGCUGUGUCGCAAGCUGGGUAUACCUUUCACGUUGGCGCCCAAACGCUGAACUCGGCUGGUGCUCCUUAUGCCGGGGUUUCCUUCCUUACUCGGUGGCCGGCUCAGGCUGUCACGUUGCCGGCUUGGCCUGACGCCGCUGGCCGUGUUGCUGGUCUUCGUGUCUUUCGGCCCCGUGCCCGCCCUUUGCUUCUUGUCGGAGUGUACUUGCAUGCCAGCGACGCCUUCGCUGCCGCUUCCUUGCUUGAUAUGGUUCUCCCUUGGGCUGCCUCUCUGGGUGAAGACUUCUGCGUCACUGGUGAUUUCAACCUGCUGAAGUCCCACUGGCCCAUGUCCCAUGCGUUGGCUGCUGGCCAGCUGUUUGAUGCUGAUGAUGUUGCUGGGGAUCCCGCGCAGCUCCCGGGCACUCACCGCAACGCUGAAGGUGUCCUCACAGGGCGUGUCAUUGACUUCAUGCUCCACUCUGCGUCUGUCACUGUCCGCUCCCGAUGCUUGGUCUUCUGCCUGGCCUGCCUUUCGUGCUCAAUUGACACGGCGCUCGAUAGUCGUAACGUUGAUGCUGCUUGGGCUGCCAUCUCUGCCUGCCUUGCUCAAGUGGUGUGCGAUAGCGUGCCUGCUGUGGCCCCGGAGCAAGCCACCGCCCCGCGUGUCAAUCCGUGCCAACCUCACCGCAAGGCUCCCACUUACCAGUCGCUCUUGGAGCGCCGCCUCCGACGGCUUGCUCGCCGUGCUGCUGAGUUCGCUCGCAAUGGGGGGGAUCAGGGUUUGUUUGUUGCCAUCUCCCGCGAUGUUAAGGAUUUGUCUCCGACCUUCCCUGAGCUCGCCUCUAAUGCGUGGGGUUGCCCCGAGGCCGCCCAGCUUCCUACUUCUUUGGCCAACCAGCAGGCCGAGCGUGAUGCUCUUGCUCGUCUCCAGCAUUGGAAAGCCACCACUGGUGAGGACAUGCAUCGUCUGUGUCAGUGGGUCCGGGCCACUGUUCCCACUGAGCCUGCGCACCAGCCUGCCUGCGAUACUUGGACUGCGCCGCUGCAUCCUCAGCACCAGGCUGAGGAAGCCGCGGAAACCUGGAGGCACAUGUGGGCCCCUACCCAGCUUCCUCAACCUGUUGGCUUUCAACAACUUCGCCACCUUGUUGUUCCAACUGAGGAGUACCCGCUUCCCGCUGUGACUGCUGCUUCCUUGUUUGCUCGGUUCCGCGCCUCCAUCCGUAAAGCCACUGGGCUGGAUGGUUGGGGCGCGGCGGCCUUUGUUUCUGCUGGCCUGCCGGCCUGUGAGGCCCUUGCCCAGCUGUGGGCCCUGUGUCUCCAAACUGCGGAGCUUCCCGCCGCGUGGCGGCGCAUCCGC